AUGGACAUAGUUGCAAGCCUUUUCAAAAACAUCAGAUGCUCCAACUGCAACGAGCAACUCAAACUAGUAGCGAAACGCCGAAAAUGCAAAAUCUGCAGUAUCUUUUAUAUAGAAUUCAUAUUCUGUGCGAAAUGUAGUAUAAAAGAAGUCCCUGCCCAUUUAGGAUUCAUGUAUGCUCGUCGCUAUUGCUACCGCUGCUAUAUCAAUAUAAAACUUAUGAAAGAGCCAGACUCCCACAAUUCCAUCCACGAGGAAGAAGAAAAUAACUCCUACGAAAUUUUAGGUGACAAGCCUGAAGAUGGAGUCAAAGUCAUUGCAGAAGCUGCAGGGUUUCCUACUGAAGAGAUUGAAAAUAAUCGUCAAAGCAUAAUUGAAGCUAUGGACGCGCUUGUAAAAGGUGUGAAGCCGCUCCCUUCUCGUCGUAGUGUACCAUUAAAAUAGGUUGAUCGGGUCUUAAACCAGAGAGUUCAGCUUAUAGAAGACGACCCCAAUAACCAUUACAAGACAAUUAGAAAAAUUGGUGAAGGAGGAUCAGGCAGCAUUUUCUUAGUCGAGCACUUAGAAACCCAUGGAAAUUUCGCGAUGAAAAGAAUUCGCAUAAAAAAUCCAAAGCAAAAAAACCAAAUUCUCAAUGAAAUUAACUGCACCAUUUUGAGCCAGAAUCCUAACGUAGUGACUUAUUACGAGUCUUAUUUAUUUGACGAAUUCAUAUGGAUCAUUGUUGAAGUUAUGAAAACAAGCUUAACUGAGCUAGUUAUGGACAGAUGGGGAAUGAUCCCAGAACACCUCAUGGCAUAUAUUUUAAAGGAAGCUCUAACCGGUUUAGUUAAUUUGCACCAUGAACAUAGAAUUCAUCGGGACAUAAAAAGUGACAACAUUCUAAUUUCUUGGGACGGAAAAAUAAAGCUUACUCCCCCCACCGUGAGCGAACAAAGAAUCUUGUACACUCACGGAGGGAGGUUAAUUUUAAUUUUAAAAAAAUUUAUAUAUAAAAUUUUAAAGAGAAAUUUUUUCUCAGAAUUUUAAAAAAUCCCACUUCUCGAAAAUGGAAGGCAAAUAUUAAUUUAACUCGUAAAAUUUAUGUUUUAAAACGCAAUUUGUUUAAAAUUAAAACAGAAUCAGCUAUAGAUGUCAUCAUACUAGCUAUCACUUAUAUAUCAAAAUCUUUUCCCUUAAAAUAUUUUUCUAUUAAAAAAAAACUUUUGUUCGCUCAUGGAGGGUGGGUUUUUAGGCAAAAAAUAGGGAUUUUUCCAAAGGUUUUGUUCGCUCACGGAGGGGGGGAGUUAGUGAUUUUGGAUACGCAGCACAGCUUACAACUGAAGAAGAUAAAAGAACGACUGUAGUGGGAACUCCUUGCUGGAUGGCUCCAGAACUGAUUAUAGGGAGCAAGUACGAUACAAAGGUCGAUAUUUGGUCACUUGGAAUUGUUGCAUUGGAGGUUGCAGAACGAGACCCACCAUUUUUGAAAGAAAAUCCACUGAGAGCGCUUUACAUGAUUUCUAAUGCUCCUUCACCUGCUUUAAAAAAACCUGAAGAAUGAAGUGAUGAGUAUGUGGAUUUCGUAAGUUUGUGCCUUAUUAAAGACCCAGAUCGUAGACCGAGUUCAGAUGAGCUGAUGACCCAUCCUUUCAUCCAAAGUGCCCCUAACGAUGCAGGAUCUCUCUUUUGCGAGUAUUUCCAAGAAUGGGCAAUGAAAAGGAAAAAAUAG